AUGAAGAUCACCGCUUUUACAUCUGCCCUUGUUGGCGCUGCCUCUGCCGCCGACACACUCUACCUCGUAAACUCCUGGAAAGGCAAGGAGAUCUCCAGCGGAAUGGCGUACUACGCCAACGGUCACGACGCAACGGGCGGAACCGGAGGCUCUCGUCCUGAUGACUAUGUCGACGUCAGCCACGGAAGCCACAUCAUCUGGGAAGGUCAACCCGUAAAGGGGACCUUUGGCACUGGAGUGUCGUUCACAUCAAAUAUCUUUGCGGAUGCGGCCAGCAAGCACGACAAUGCCUGGGCUGGCACGGGCACCAAUGGAUACCAUACGUAUAACUGCUGGAAGCGCACUGGAGCUGUUGGAAAGCCUGUUGUGUUGUAUACUGUUGAUGGCUGGACAGUUGAAACUGUCUACUACUGCCGACCCUUUAAUUAG